GAGAUAUAUAUAUAUAUAUUUAAAUCCUACAUAAUUUAUAUUUGCUGUGCUCUUCAAUCAGUUUAUUUUAUUUGAAUUCAGUUCAGUUAUAGGAAAAUGCACUCGUUUUUUAAAGCAGGAAAAUUAGACUCGUAUUCGGUUGCCGGUACUAAUGAAGAACUGACAGCCGAGAAACGUAAAGGACAUUCUGUGCCUUGGGUGGAAAAAUACCGGCCAAAGUGUGUCGACGAUGUAGUGGAGCAGGGUGAAGUAGUAGCUGUAUUAAGGGAAUGUUUGUCUACAGCAGACUUACCCAAUCUGCUCUUAUAUGGGCCUCCAGGUACCGGUAAAACGAGUACUAUUUUGGCUGCCGCUCGUCAGUUGUUUGGAGAUUUGUUUAAAGAACGUAUCCUUGAGUUGAAUGCUUCAGACGACCGGGGCAUUGCGGUCAUAAGAAACAAAGUUAAAACGUUUGCGCAGCUUACUGCUAGCGGAACAAGAAGCGAUGGAAAACUAUGUCCACCGUUUAAAAUUGUAAUUUUAGACGAGGCUGAUGCAAUGACACACGCAGCACAGGCAGCUUUGCGUAGAACAAUGGAAAAAGAAACAAAAACUACCCGAUUUUGCUUAGUGUGCAAUUAUGUGUCAAGAAUAAUCGAACCAAUUACUUCACGUUGCACUAAGUUUCGCUUUAAACCUCUAGGAGAUGAUAAAAUAAUCGAGCGACUCCAAUCCAUUUGUGAACAAGAAAAUGUCAUUGUUGAUGAACAAGUUUACAGACACAUUGUCGACAUAUCUGGUGGGGACUUACGGAGAGCAAUCACCACAUUACAAUCUUGCCAUCGACUUAAAGGAAAGGAGGCCAAAAUCGAGUAUGCAGAUAUUUUGGAAAUGUCUGGUGUUGUGCCUCGUAAAUAUCUGGAAGAUUUCAUUUCCGUUUGUAAAACUGCCAACUAUAACAAGCUAGAAGAUUAUGUAAAGAAUUUGAUCCACGAUGCGUAUAGCGUUGGCCAGUUGUUCGAACAAUUAUCCGAUUUUGUGGUUACUCACAAUGGACUUGGGGAUAAACAAAAAAGCAUUAUAUGUGACAAACUAGGGGAUUGCUGUUUUCGGUUACUGGGAGGUGGUUCCGAGUACAUACAAAUUAUGGACCUUGGAUGUGUAACCAUUCAAGCACUUCAAAUGGUUUAGAUUGUCAAUACUUCUCAAAUAAAUUAUAUAAAUAAAAACAUCCCCAGGGUAAAAACACAGCACCCAAGAAUGGUGGUGUUUGAUAUAAGAAAAGUCGCCUGUACAACCAGGCAAAACAUGGAAAUUUCGCAGCUGGUUGUGUUUUGUGUUUUGUCUCAUUGUGAUGGCUCUUGCCAAAGUAACUAUUAUCGUGUGCAGGGAUGGAAAAAAAUCGCUUCUAGCGAUCAAGAUCAUAGAAGCGAUCAGAUUCAGAUUUAUUGACAUCACUACUUGUAAGCGACAAACACUUUGACGCGAUCUGUACAGAUUAUGACAAACCUUGUGUCAGAUUGUUCAUUGCAUGAUUACGUUACGUUGAGAAAUAUAACAGAUACAGACGAUUAGUUGUGUACAUUAUAUGAAUCACAAUACAAACAACAUGUGUGACCUUUUUUCUCGCAGCUAGGUAAGAUGUAACACCGUGAUCGACUGCUGACAUUGUUUAAAGAACAAAAUCUUAUUAUCAACGUUAAAGAUUCACUGUUAUGAUCUGUACGGAUCGUGAUCUGUGCGUGUGGCGAUAACUCACAGAUUUGAUCAAAAUCACUGAUCUUCCAUCGUGUGUCUGUAUA